CUCUAAAUCGAAAAAUAAGGCAUUUUCAUUAAAGCUUCGACAGCUUGUACCUCUGUCGGCUAGUAAUAGCUGCCUGAAUUCCUACGACAGGCGACGACAUAAUUCCGACGCUAUGGCGGAAUCCAUGAUAACGACAUCGGCCUGGGUACCACGAGGCUUUGCAGCGCCUUUCCCUUCGAAAUGCAAUUUCGAUGAUGCCGAGUUCGAGCGCAUAGCAGAGCUAGCUAAAUUGAAGCUAGAUGACGCCAAUGAGGACUUGGAGGAAGCAAAAGCAGGCAGAGGGGAUGAUGAAGAUGGCACAUCAGCAGACGGCGAGUCUGAUGUCGACAAGAAAGAUGCUGCCACUCCGAGCCAGGCCAGGAAGUCAGAAGUCAUCGAUAUCAAUGACGAGGAUCUCAAAGAAUACGACCUCGAAAAUUACGACGACGAAGACGAUGAUGUCCAUGGCCAACGCAUGGACAUGUUUGGCAACAUAAAAUCUCUAGCCUAUUAUGAAUCAAACAAGGAGGAUCCUUAUAUUACGAUACCCGAUGAACAAGACGAGCAAGAAGAUCGUGAAGAGCUACAGAUCCUAGCAACUGAUAACAUGCUGCUUGCAGCUAAGGUUGAGGAUGAGCUGGCGCACCUUGAGGUCUACGUUUAUGAAGACGAGGCCGACAACCUCUAUGUGCACCAUGACAUAAUGCUACCCGCCAUACCACUUUGUCUCGAAUGGCUGGAUGUUGCAGUGUCAAAGCCGGGAGUGGAUAAGGAUGCGACGGCCAACUUUGUCGCGAUAGGUACUAUGGAUCCUGAUAUCGAGGUGUGGGAUCUAGAUACUGUGGAUGGCCUGUAUCCUAACGCCAUUCUUGGUCAAGGGAGCAAUCCGCAGGAACAAGAGAAAAAGAAGAAGAAGAAAAAGUCAAAGAAGGCCAAUGAUGAAUACCAUGUCGAUGCGGUUCUGUCACUAGCUCACAACCGGAAACAUAGGAACUUACUGGCCUCUGCUUCAGCUGAUAAAACGGUCAAACUUUGGGACCUAAAUACGGCGAAGUGUGCCAAGUCAUACACCUACCAUACCGAUAAGGUAUGCUCGUUAGCAUGGCAUGCGGUUGAGUCGACGGUGUUGUUAAGUGGGAGCUACGACCGAACCAUCGUUGCAGCAGAUAUGCGAGCUCCUGAUGCAAAGACUCCGCGGUGGGGCGUCGAGAGUGAUGUCGAAAACAUCAAGUGGGAUCCUCAUGAUCCUAAUUUCUUCUACGUUUCAACGGAAAACGGUAUAAUACAUUACUUCGAUAUCCGCAACAUCCCAUCCAGUCCGUCAGCUAGCAAACCAAUGUGGACACUCCAGGCACACGAUGAAUCGCUGUCUUCCUUCGACAUCAACGCUCAUGUGCCUGGUUUCAUGGCCACAGGUUCGACUGACAAGACCGUCAAGCUUUGGAACAUACAGCCCUCAGGGCCUGCCAUGGUUGUGUCGCGUAACCUGGAUGUUGGAAGGAUCUUCUCUACCAAUUUCGCCCCCGAUGCUGAAGUAGCUUUCCGUCUCGCUGUGGCUGGUAGCAAGGGCACUAUGCAUGUCUGGGAUACGAGCACCAAUGCAGCUGUCCGGAAAGCAUUUGCUCACAAAUUGGCAGAUAAGUCAACAGAAAAUGUAGAGGAGCGACUAGUUGGUGUAGAAGACAAUGAAAGCUCAGAGGAUGAUCAAAGUGGGGAUGACGAUGACGACGACGAAGAGAGCGACGAUUCCAUGGAUGAAGACUAAGUAAGCUCUGACCGGGUAAAGCGUUGAGG